AUGUCGCGUCUGUUGUGGCUGCUCGCCGCCUUUUCUCCUCUCGCUUCAGCCACCUGCUCGUCCUGUGACGAUGCCACUGCCGAGGAGCAGUACAAGAAGCUGGUGAAUGCCACAACCAUAGCCAGUAGCUGUGAGACGGCAUUGAAGCGAACCCAGUGCAUGGCAGUCUUCAACGUGUGCGAGAUGGGAACACCCGAGACUUUGUGUCUUGAUAGCUGUGUUGACGCUAUUAAGACGUACUGUAUCGCCACUCAGUCAACCUUAAAAGCACCUGCCUGUGGAGACGACAGCAGUCCCAUCACUGGCAUCAGUGACGAGGGCAAGUGCUUUGACACCGACUACAAUGGACCAGAAAAAGCCAUUUGGGUCAUUGGGUUCGCUAUCGCCGUGGUAUUCUCCUUCCUGGCCAGUGUCGGUAUCAAUUUACAGAAGAAAGCGCUGAAGCAGAACGAACUUAUGGCCGAGCCCAAGCCAGCGUAUCGAUUGCCACUGUGGAUGUUAGGCUUCAUCCUGUGUGUCGUGGGGUCUGUUCUGGACUUUGUGGCCUUUGGCCUCGCGCCUCAAAGCCUGUUAGCUCCUCUGGCAGCGCUUACUCUCGUGUGGAAUAUGAUGCUCGCCCCAUGCUUCAACAAGGAGAAACUGAGCAGGAAAGACAUCGUCUCGACGCUGAUAAUCUUCGUGGGGGCGACAAUCGCCGUCGUCUUCGCGUCCCACACGUCGCCGUCGUACAAUCUGGAGAUGCUCAUGCAGCUCUACCGCGAUCCGCUCACGAUCGUCUACUUCUGCGUCGUCUUCCUGACUGUCGUGGCCCACUUUGCAGCUAUCAAAGUGGUCGAUAACUUGUGUCUGAUGAGCAAACGACAUCGAAUUAUCCAAGUGGGGACGCCAGCCAUGUGGUCGACGAUCCGUCUCGUGGGAUAUGCUGGUCUCGCAGGAACCUUAGGCGGCCAGUCGGUUCUAUUCGCCAAAUCGACCGCCGAGCUGCUCAAGGGCGUUUUUAACGGAGACGCCAGCUGCUUCGUCCACUACCAGACGUACCUCAUUGCUCUGGCGCUGGCAGUCUGUCUGGUUCUGCAGAUCAAGUACCUCAACGGAGGACUCGUCCACUACGACGCGCUGUCGAUGGUCCCAGUGUAUCAAGCCUAUUGGGUCAUUAGCGGAGUGCUUGGUGGCGUCAUUUACUUUCAGGAGAUCCGCACUUUCUCAGUCUUACAAGCUGUCAUGUUCGUGUUGGGAAUCGGUAUCAGUAUCUUCGGUGUUGUACUUCUCUCACGCCGUAAACACGCACCGUCCACUGUGUCAACCAAGGGCAAAGUGGAACGAGGUUUCAGCUUCACAGCCUCGUCGGAUUAUAAGCUGGAGCCGCCCAAGAGCUCAGAGUCUCGCUUAACUCGCGUCUCGGAUGGCACCACUAGUGACGUUGUUGUGGUGGAGGAGACGGAAAGGAGCAGAUCGGAUAGUACAAGUACCAGUCGAGAGCUACUCGCGUCCAUUCUGGAAGCGCUGAAUGAAGAAAGCGCCACUGAAGAAUCCGACGACGACAGCAACGAGCGCCGCAGUGAGAAUGAGUCGUCGGAGCAUGUGAAUCGCCAGGCAAUCGACAAUUAUCUCGACAUGUCCACGACUGUGGGGCUGUCGGAGAUUCUUGGUGGUCUCUGGCUAACUCGAUCGCAAGACAGCGGGCUGCUUGGUCGACGAAUGUCCAGUCGACCUUCACGACGACGUACGCGACGAAGUGUGGACGACAUUGAGGUGGGACUACCAGCUGCUACACGUGAGGCCAACCCACGCAAGCCAUUGCCAAAACGCCGCUCGAUUACGUUCUCAAGUUUCAGAUCUUCAUCCAAGAAAGAUGACAGCAAGGAUUUGGUCUAA